AUGUCCGUCUCCACAAAAUUCAGUUUCACCGUGAGAAGCAUUUUGGAUUUACCCGAGGACGAAGGAAACAGUAUUCCGCAACGUUUUCAGGCGGAUCCAGUCUCCGGCGCAGCCUACUCGUCAUGGAUGAAUAUGGACGGAAACCACUGCACAUCAUCAGAUGAAGGCACUGCAGAUACCACCUCUGAUCCACUCGAUCCGACAGAGGCCUCGUCGGAGACCGAGAGCGACAAGAAGAAGAAGCGCCGCGUGCUCUUCUCCAAAGCGCAGACCUAUGAGCUCGAGCGGCGUUUCCGCCACCAGCGCUACCUGUCGGCUCCCGAGCGUGAGCAGCUGGCGCACCUGCUCAGCCUCACUCCGACGCAGGUGAAGAUCUGGUUUCAAAAUCACCGCUACAAGAUGAAGAGAGCCCGGGCAGAGGGCGCCUCGGACCUCGGUCAACCGACGGUGCUGCAGAGGAUCAUGGUCCCGGUCCUAAUGCGAGAUGGCAAACCCUACCAGACUUGCUUCAUCGGCGCAGAGAGAAACGGAUGUAUGGUGGCCUCGGCUGCACCUGCCCCUCGCUACAGCGUCCAGGGAUGCCAGUCUUCACAGCAUUCCACGCCGCUCGGCCUAUUUCCCAGAUUUCAGCACUUUACGCACUCUAUACCCACUUCACACCAUUUCGUUUGGUGAAACCUCACUUCAGACACCAACAAGGAAAUCUUUUUGACUCUUAAAUAAUACAAACACUCCACGAAAUGGAUCAAUUUUAAGAAUGAAGAUUUGUCACAUCCGUUUGAGGUGUGUUUGAUUAAAACUAUUUAAACAUAGUUAAAGUUCUUCCAGAAAUACGAGAAGAUAUUUUGCACAUAUUAUAUGUUUUACUGCCAUUUUAUAGUCUUGUUUUGUAUAUUCGAAUAUGAUGAAAAUUUGAAGGGAUUCUGUCGCUCAACUGUGCGUAAAUGAAUGUUAUUUUUAUAUUUUUCUAUAACUACAA